AAUGAAUUCAAUGUAGGUAAUUCAACAAUAAUUGUUAUCAGUAUUUAUCAGGAUGAUCAAUAUUCAAAAGCUUGAUAUUCUUUUCUUUUGACAAUUAUUUCCUUUAAUGGUUUUCGAAGCGUAGGACAUGGAGACAGACAAAUCAAAAACACGUGUUCUAAUGCGGUUUCACCGGCCCAAGUUCUGUUUUUGGUUAUUCAUCUUUAUAACGUUAUUAUCAUGCUUCACAGUCAUGUUUAUCUUCAUUUCAGAUACCAGAAUUGCAUACGACCACCCUUUGACGACGACGUAUAUGAAGAUGGAAAUGGAAAAGAUCAUAGAACACAUGACCAGAUUGUAUGAACUAAAAGACGGGGAAAUCCAGGAAAUAAUCGAGCAUUUCGGUCCGAUUCUCAAAACGAUCGUGAAGACAUUGAACAUCACCGUUCCUGAAGAUAUUGAGUCCUUAAUGGUCGCAUAUAAGUCUGCAGGAAUGGUCAGUGCGCCGAUGUCACACUUCGACUUGUUUACUUUUUUACCCCACUUGUGGUCCCACGAGGAUUUUUUGAAGCCUUUUAUACUACACUCCAGAGGCAGAAAUGAAGUGUCUAUAGUGUUUGGAAUUCCUACUGUUCGCCGUCAAAAACGGAAUUACUUGAUACAGACAUUGAUUAGCUUCGUAAAGAACAUGAAUCAAACUGAGCAAGAUGAUUCGCUGAUAGUAGUGAUGAUUGCCGAAGUCGAUUUGGAAUAUACGCGACAACUUUCUGAAGAAAUCAAAAAUCGAUUAUCAGAUGCUGUGAACUCAGGCCUCUUGGAAAUAAUUGCUCCGUCCCCGGGAUAUUAUCCGGAUUUAAAAAAUCUUCGCCUUACGCUCGGUGAUUCCGAAGACCGAGUCCGCUGGAGGAGUAAACAAAAUUUGGAUUUUGCUCUUUUAAUGAUGUACUGUCAACCAAAAGGAUCAUUUUAUGUUCAACUUGAAGACGAUUUAAUCGCGAGGCCGCAAUAUCAAAGUUUAAUGAAACAAACUGCUUUGCAAAGAAUAGCCGACGAACAAGAAUGGUUCAUAUUAGACUUUGGUGGACUUGGUUUUAUCGGAAAAAUGAUAAGAAGUUCGGAUUUACCGUGGCUAAUUCAAUUCAUCAUAAUGUUUUAUAACGACAAACCAGGGGAUUGGCUGCUGGAGGGAUUGGUGCAAACAAAAGCUUGUCAUCUUGGAAGAAGUCGUAAAAGUUGUAAGAAUGCUAAAGACGGUAUAUGGGUGAAACACAAUGAAUCUUUUUUCCAGCAUAUGGGAACCUGGUCAUCUUUGGCUGGCAAAAUUCAACUUUUGAAGGCAAAUAAUUUUUAUAAUAAAAGUAUAUAAAAAAAAAUAAUAUGUACUACUCAAAUAAAAUAAGAGAAUUACUUACAACGAAAUACAGGUCACCUGUAGCAGAAAAUCAAAAAGAUCUAAAAACAACGAUGAAAUUAAAAUAACAAAAUUUAUCGUAUAUGAUUACUUGAGUGAAAUAAUUUAUUAGUAUAAGAACAUAUAUUAUUUUGUAUAAACGUAAAAAUGUAUGAACAGUGUUGGUUUAAUUUUACAUAGGCAUAAAGUAAAUAUAUUGUUUUCAUAUUGAUUUAGUUAUUAAAAUCAUUGACAUAAUUACUGAUUAUUUUGAUAACAUUGAAAAGAGUUUUUUUUAAAUGUAGAAAUGUUUGUUAUUCACGAAAAAUAUACGACUGUGUAUCUA